AUGCACGCUCACGUCAUCGGCAGCAAAGGAGUCGGGUGCAUGACGUUGUCCCUAGUCAGCAUGAUGGCGGGCACACCCAUUCGACACGAUGGACUAGAUGCCGUGCCUACAUGCCUGCUCUUCAAUAGCAAAAUCACAUCUCGACGCUCGACUACGGCCGCCAGGCAGGCACCGCCCUUCUGUGCUUCCGCCCCGGGUCGAAUACACUGCCAUUGCCAUCCAUAG